CAUUUGCAUAGCUACAGGCGAUUUUACUACUCUAUCGUAUGUCCUCAGUUGCUUGUAAGCUCUCCUGAAAGUUGUACGCGCGUUCUUUUUGGACGUCAGCUUUUAGCCUCUCUAGUGGACUUUUCAAUCUCCAAAAAAAUACGCAGAAAAUCCCUAGAAGGAUACACAAUAAUUUGUUUGGUGACAGCAUCAGUGUCUACCACCAGAAAUCUACAUUAUAUCACCUGAAGAAGCAAAGGAAGUGAGGUCUAUUGGCUACAAUUUCCUGCCUAAUUUUAUUACAAUCAAAUUCAGCCCCAAAAUACAGGGUAUUCCUAGCAGACAAUAAAGUUAUCUGCCUUUAUCCUGUGUGCUAUUUGCUGUAUCUCUACGACAUUCUUUAUAAGAGUGGUAUGCAGAAGGUGGUAAGACGAAUGGAAUUUCGGCAGAUACCACCAAAUUCCGAGCGAAUUGGGGAUAUUAUCAGUCAUCUUCGAGACACUUUCUUUGCUGAUGAACCACUCAAUAAGUCAGUGAAGCUCUGUGGUCCAGGUGAAGGUCAUCUCGAGCUCGAACGCCACAGCAUCAAGACACUCAGGGAUGGUCUGAGUGUCAUGGCAGUCACGGAUGAAGAUGUGAUCGCUGGUGUAGCUCUAAAUGGCAUCUUGAAGCGUGGUGAAACAGAAGAAGCAUUGGACUCACUCAAGGACAUGCAGGAUGAAGGCUUUAAAAAAAUUUUCACUCUGCUAUAUGAGGAAAAUCUCAAAGUGGAUUUUUUCGAGGAAUUUGAGAUCCCGAAACUUUUUGAGAUUAGAAUUCUCUCAGUUGAUUGCAGAUUCCGAGGUCAAGGAUUAGCCAAGAAGCUCCUGGAGAAAAGUGAAGAAGUCGCCCGAGAGAAUGACUUCCGAGUGAUGAAGAGUGAUGCUACAGGGAUUUUCUCCCAGAAGAUUUUCAGUUCUCUGGGCUACUGCACAAAAUCUGAAUAUCCAUAUUUUGUGGAAAAUGGGCGAUCUACCAAUUUUGUUGUAGAUCCUCCACAUGAUAAGCUCAAGAUCAUGUACAAAGUGAUCGAUUAAGAAUCUCCCCUCGCCUUCAAUCCAUCUGCUUCAAAUCCUCUAUAAGAUCAAUGUGAUUAAUUGCAGAUAUAUUUUUGAUUUUUCUGUUAAAAAACAAAUAUGAAAAAUAUUUAAGAAUCAGAGGAAAAUAUUCACAUUUAGAUGUCGUGUUUGUGUGCAGAAUGAUCUUUCAGUAUUUUUUUCUAUCACAAUUUUAUUUUAUUUUUUAUUUGAAUGUGCCAUAUCUUUAAUAUUCUUCACCUCAUUGUCAUUCUGCACAAAAUGUGUUGACUACGUAAAAAAAUUCGUACCAUUGUGUCUUCUGAAGCACAAGAACCUUUUGACCGACCAAUUUUUAAAUAUUGAAUUUAAAUGAGAAAAUUGAUGAAUAUUUUGUCCAUUUUUACACACGUUGGCUCAUUUGACAUUAUACAGAGAUUUUAUCAAAAGAAAAAAAGAGAACAAUAAAGAUUACCAUUAAAUACUCUAA